AUGAUGGACGAAAUCAAGAACGUGAAUACCAAGACAGCCAAUCAAGCUUGGAGACGAAAACCUCGCCAGUUCGCUCCAAAGUCAAGAUUAGGCUGUCGCAUCUGUGAUGGUUAUAGUGAAAUACCCCUUGCCUUCAGGACCGAGAAGACCGAGAUUGAAUCAAGUCAUUAUCACAACAAGAAGGCCGACAGCGCAGAAAGCUUCAAUAGUUACCACCCUAGCACCACUAUCAGUGCAUAUCAGCCAAAACAAUGGCGCGCAAAAUGCCAUGGCCUCAUUACGCAGAAUCUCGGACCCUUCAUGAUCCUACCAGUGACUGGGUCCGCCCAGACAGAAGCAAUGUGUUUUUUCGAAGAUAUUUCGAUCAAGCAUUUGAAUGAAUACCACCCCUGCGAAUCAUGGCGAAAGACUCUUAUGUUCUUCUCUCAAACAGUGCCGUCGGUGCGGCAUGCCGCCAUUGCUCUGGCCUUGAUACACCGAGAAUAUCUGAACCGCGACCCUAGCGAUCGUGUGCAUCGACCACAAUCUUCGGAAGGCGGGUUACCGGACAAGGCUCCCCUGCUUUACUACAAUCGGGCCAUUCAACUUCUUCUAAACCAGGAAAGUGGUGAUAGCACCCAUAUAACAGCCGUCACCCUUUUGGUCUGCUAUCUCUUCACCUGCUUUGAUCAUCUAGCAGGCAACUACGUACAAGCACUUAAGCACCUGCGCGGAGGUGUCGAGCUCUCACGCAACAUCGAUGAGGCUAUACUGAACAGCAACAUUACAUAUGACAAUUCCAACCCCCCGGGGGCUCACACGCUUAUCUGUCAAAUCACAAGACAAAUCCGCCGUCUCGAUAGGCAGGCCGCAACAUUUCUGGUCGACUGGACUCCAGCUGAUAUCCAGGAAACACUUAUGUUCCAGCUUCUCCCUUCCGGCAAUACCUUUCAGUCUCUCGACCAAGCCGCCGACCACCUCCAGGUCCUUGUCGCUUGGAUAAUGAGACUGCACAACACGGAACAGCAAAUUGCCCUGAUGGGUCAGGUGCCGUCACCUUCGUCACUAAAGGAUAUCAUCCUCCGGCAGUUGGAAACAUGGUCGAAUCUCUUCCAAAACAUACUGCAACAACGCAGCUCUUAUGAGAUAGAUCCUAAGACUUACCCGCUCAUAUCACUGCUGCGUCUACAACAUACUGUCGCGUGGAUUUUCCUCAGUAAUGACGGUCCGGGCAGGGAAAUGGACUAUGACAACUUCCUGCCCCAGUUCCAGCAAUGCCUGGCCUUGGCAGACGAGAUAGCGGCAGCACAUGAGCGGUAUUCGGGGUCGUUAAAGCCGAGAUUUACGCCGGAGAUUGGAAUUGUUCCCGUGCUUUAUAUCAUCGGGAUCAAAUGUCGACAUCCUAUGGUCCGACGCGAGGUCUUGGGUAUCUUGCGACGGCAACCGAUACGGGAGGCGGUUUGGGAUAGCAUUUCUGCUGCCAGGUUGGUUGAGCGGGUAAUCGAGAUUGAAGAGGGGGGGCUCAGAGAGGGACAAAUAAUACCGAGCAUGGAAGAAAUAGCUGUGUGGCAGAGGAUCGAGACUUUGUCUUGGGUACAUGUCGUCGGUGGACAGUCUGCGGCCAGGUUGGAUAUUACAUAUACGUUCUGCGUGCGGAAAGGAAUGCAUACCGAGUCUCUCGUGAUAUAG